GAUUGUGGAAGACAAGGUUGAGAAACCAGCCCAACCCAGGAGACACUUUAAAGUAGGCCCCACCUCUUGACCAGCCCCCCUACCAUUUCCAGGGCAAAUUGUCCCGGGGGCCAUCAUGUCCUGAGACUACCGAGCCUGUCUGAGGUAGGACAGACCUGCCUCCCCACCUCCUGGGAAGGACCAUCCCCAUCUCUGCCCCUUGAAGAGGCCCCUGGUCACCCCUGUGAACCCCAAAGGGACACCAGGGACAGUGCCUUUGGGAAGACCGCCCUCUCUGUGCCAUGGGAAGGAGAGGAAAGGCUCAGGCUCAGCUGGGCAGGGUCCCCCACUCUCCAUCCUCUGAGCUCUGAGCUCUCCUUGUCCACUGUCAGACCUCUGUGCCGAGUGUCACCGUGGAGCUGACCUUCAGAAGCAGAAAGAGUAAAACAUGGAGUCCUCAGAGGGUUGGUGAGCAGGGAACCCACAGGAGAGAGGACUCAGCUUUGGGUGGGACCCCACAACCAAGAUGGGACCUUUGAAGGCCUCUGAGGUCGUAGAAGAGUUGGGGGCCCACAGGGUCAGAGCUCCCGUGGGUGCCUGCAGCUACAUGUUGGGGGUCAGAACACCUCUAGGUCACCACCAAGGCCCGAGAGGAUGAAAUGGUCUGGCCUUCAGCCCAGGACUAUCAUUCCUGACUACAAGGAAGUGACAUGUGGCAGAGGGUGGGGACACCACCAAGGAGGAAACGUCCCAGCAGCUCUGCUGUGCGGAGACGUGUGGCCGUCAGAGGAGCAGCCAUGAGCUCUGAGAAGGGGCAGCAGCCUCUCUGAGGCCACGGGCCCUGUCCUGUCACUGGGGUUGAGAGCAGAAGCCCAGGGCGCCGAGAGCCGGGGUCGGCAGCAGCCUGUGCAGCUCCUGACCCUGAGCUUCCUGCACCCUGACCACCCAGCAUCGGACUCAAAUCUGGGCUGGACACGGAAGCGGAGAGGCCCAGAAGAGCGGAAGUGGGCACAGGGUAAUCGAACCCUCAUUGAGGAGGUUUGUCCGCGUCCACCCAUAGGACCUGGCGCUGCUACAGGCUGUGAGAAAUGACCCCGAGGAGUGGGGCCACGUGGCUGCCUUCAGCUCUGCUCCUUCUCCAGGUCCCAGGCUAUUUGUCUCUGAGUGGCCCCGGGCACGUGACGGGCACCGUGGGGGGAUCGCUGAGCGUGCAGUGUCGGUACGAGAAGGAGUUCAAGGAAAAUAACAAAUACUGGUGCCAAAGCCCAUGUUUGGCAUCGCUGAGGACGAAGAUUGUGGAGACCACAGAGUCAGAGAGAGAAGUGAGCAGUGGCCGUGUGUCCAUCAGGGACCAUCCAGCAACCCUCACCUUCACCGUGACCUUGGAGAGCCUCACAGAGGACGAUGGAGGCACAUACAGGUGUGGGAUCCAUAGACCAUGGACGGAAGGACUGAUAGACCUCACCUUCCCGGUUGAGGUGUCUGUGUCCCCAGCCCCCACCCUGAAGAUCGUCACAAGCACCCUGGGUCCUCCGAGCACCCUGGGUCCUCCAAGCACCCUGGGUCCUCCAAGCACCCUGGGUCCUCCAAGCACCUUGGGAUCUACAAGCACCCUGGGACCUCUGAGCACCCUGGGACCUCCGAGCACCCUGGGUCCUCCAAGCACCCUGGGACCUCCGAGCACCCUGGGCACCCUGGGACCUCCAAGCACCCUGGGUCCUCCAAGCACCCUGGACCCUCCCUCCUUCCGGCCAGCGACCACCGGGCCCAGUGUGACCAGCCAGGAGACGCCUGAUGCCAGCCAACACCCUCGGUCCCUGUUCAGCAGUGUCCACUUCCUGCUCCUGGUCUUCCUGAAGGUGCCCCUGCUCCUGAGCAUGCUCGGUGCCGUCCUGUGGGUGAACUGGCCUCAGCGGAGCUCUGGCAGGAGGCAGAGUCAGAUCUGCUCUGAGAACCAGUGACACCUGCUCUGUCGAUGCCCCGCCCAAGAGCACAGCCCCACUGUGGGAGGAAGGACCUUCUGACCAAUCAAUCCAGUGUCAUUGUCCAUGAUUCUGUCGGAAUAGUCUGUGAACCUAUUAGAGAGUUUUUUCUUUCAAUGUAUCAGAUACACACAAAAGAUACCUAAUAAAUGCAUACU